CUUGGAUACUCCAAGAGCUUUAUACACCAUCUUUUGGAGCAUAUCAUCUCGGUUGGACAAAGAUUGUACAUCAUGUAUCAGAAAUUGGCCGCCAUCUCGGCCUUCCUGGCUGCUGCCCGUGCUCAGCAGGUCUGCACCCAACAAGCGGAGACUCACCCGCCCCUAACAUGGCAGAAGUGCUCAUCUAGCGGUUGUACCGCUCAGUCAGGUUCUGUGGUCCUCGAUGCAAACUGGCGUUGGACUCAUGAUGUUAAAAGCACCACCAACUGCUACGAUGGCAACACCUGGAGCAAAACCUUAUGCCCCGACGAUGCUACUUGCGCCAAGAACUGUUGUUUGGAUGGAGCUGCCUACUCGUCCACUUAUGGAAUCACCACUAGUUCUGACAGCCUCACUAUCAACUUCGUUACGCAAUCGAAUGUUGGCGCUCGCUUAUACUUGAUGGCAACUGAUACUAGUUACCAGGAGUUCACGUUGUCUGGAAACGAGUUCUCUUUCGACGUUGAUGUUUCCCAGUUGCCUUGUGGCUUGAAUGGAGCCCUGUAUUUCGUCUCUAUGGACGCAGAUGGCGGCCAGAGCAAGUAUCCGACCAAUGCUGCCGGUGCCAAGUAUGGCACAGGUUAUUGCGACAGCCAAUGCCCUCGUGACCUGAAGUUCAUUAACGGCCAAGCCAAUGUGGAUGGUUGGCAGCCAUCCUCCAACAACGCCAAUACUGGUAUUGGCGGCCACGGAAGCUGCUGCUCAGAGAUGGAUAUCUGGGAAGCGAACUCGAUUUCACAGGCCGUUACUCCUCACCCUUGCGAAACUGUCGGCCAAACGAUGUGCAGUGGCGAUGGUUGUGGUGGCACAUACUCUAGUGACCGAUAUGGUGGCACCUGCGACCCAGAUGGAUGCGACUGGAACCCAUACCGUUUGGGCAACACUACUUUCUACGGCCCAGGCUCAGGAUUUACUCUCGACACCACCAAAAAGAUGACUGUUGUGACUCAGUUCGCCACUUCUGGUGCCAUCAGUCGAUACUAUGUCCAAAACGGAGUCAAAUUCCAGCAGCCAAACGCUCAACUCUCUGGCUACAGUGGCAAUACGCUCAACAGCGACUACUGUGCAGCUGAGCAGGCGGCUUUUGGUGGAACUUCGUUCACAGACAAGGGCGGCCUCGCUCAAUUCAACAAGGCCCUUUCUGGAGGCAUGGUCUUGGUUAUGAGCUUGUGGGAUGAUUACUACGCCAACAUGCUUUGGCUGGACUCCACCUACCCAACAAACGCGACGGCUUCUACCCCUGGUGCUAAGCGAGGAAGUUGUUCUACUAGCUCUGGAGUUCCCAGCCAAAUCGAGUCUCAGUCUCCCAACGCCAAGGUUGUCUUCUCCAACAUCCGCUUCGGACCGAUCGGCAGCACUGGCGGCAGCACUGGCAACCCUCCUCCCGGCACUUCGACCACCCGAUUGCCCCCAUCCAGCACAGGAAGCUCUCCCGGCCCAACUCAAACGCACUACGGGCAAUGUGGUGGAAUUGGCUACAGUGGACCUACACAAUGUGUUAGCGGCACCACUUGCCAGGUUCUGAACCCAUACUAUUCUCAGUGUCUGUAAGGUGCUUCGGCAGCAGCCUGAGAUAUUAAGUCGUAUAUGAGUCUUAUCAUCUUCAACUACAUGUAGGAUUUACUUAUUGUAUCUACUUUCGAUUCUAGUAAAUACGGUCAUUUUAUUUUCGGUGGACAAUGGCUGUUCGGUGUUUCAAUCAAUGCGUAUGAGCUUGGCAAACUGGCUUUUUCAAAGCAUAUUGAUCCCUUGCUACAAAUGCAUUAUAUAGAAAAAGAAUACGAAAAUAUUUUGCAAAUAAAACUUUUUACGAAUCGU